AUGUCUCUGAGUUCUUCUUGGCUUCUUACCUUCAAGGGUGGUGUCAGUGCUUCAGAUCUCGAAGAGGAGUUGAUUUUUUACGUUGCGAGUGAACUCAUAACCGUGAUAGUGAUUCCAGUCGUGGACGAUUCACAGAAUCGAAACCGUCAGGAAUCUGCGGCACGCUGUCUAGUCGAGUUGGUUAGUAUCUACCGCAACCACGUUGCAUUCAACGCUCCGGAGAAACAGGAGGAGGAAGUCGCAACGAAGACGACGACCACGUUUGCCAACACUACCGAGAAUGAGAGAUCCGAAACCUUACUACUGGCAAAGUCUCUCGCCCUCCUGGAUGUCUUUGAAAGUCGGGCGUUUCUGUCUCGGGUGUUGGACAUCAUUGCAGACGAGUCCUCUUCCGCCGCUUGUCGGAACUCCGCUAUUGAAGUAUUCCUCGCCUGUGUGGACAAGGCUAAGUCCCCCAAUGGUAUGCCCUAUAGUGCGGCUGACGAGUACAACGACAUUCCUUUGGGCACUUUUCUCAAUACCCAAAUGCCCAAUUUCAUGAAUCCCCUCAUUAGCAAGGCCAACUGUCCCCUCCUGAAGACGCGGACUAGGCGGGUGGAAGCAUUGGCCUCCACUGUGGUCAUUCCACGCCUUUCCAAACUGUACAGUCUCCUCCAGUCAAACAGUGUUAUUGUCUCCUCGCAACAGAAUUACUCCGUGGUGCCAACCACCGUGGGUGUACUGAACCCUCCACUGGGAAAGGGCCGUCUUGCAAUCGUGAACCUUAUCUCCACUCUUCCUCAACUUCGUCCAAGCCGGGAUGAAGAAAGUCGCGGGGGGGAUGAAGGCGAUGCAUUAAAAAAGGCCCUUUGUCAAGAACACUUUCUGCCUUUUCUGAUGCGCCUCUUUGAGACGUAUGCUUUCAACUCCCUCCUCCAAAAAGCAGUCGCUAUGCUAUUUACCCACCUCCUCUCGCCUCCUCCUUCUUCCCCCUCACAGUCAUCGUCGAGGAAGGCGUCAGCCGCGACAACAAAGGCGGCGGGCGAGUUGAAUACCACUAAAUCUGAUGUGGAUAGUCCUAAAACUGAAGAUUAUAAUCCCGAGAGCGGCGAGAACAGGGCGGAGGUCCAACUGCCUGACUAUUUGGUACGGCACCUUCUUGACGACUGCCACAUCGUUGAGUGGAUCCUUCGACUCUCCUGCAUUCCUGGUGGUCGGCCAAACAACGAGGAGCCCUCAUCGGUUUGCCGGGCCUCCAAAAUGCGUCCGAAGCCAGGCUACUCCGGCUACCUGUGGCAGAUCGCAAACCUCGUGAACUCGCGCUUCCCGACUCCCGAGUCUCUUGCAGGCCUCCCGCUGGAAGUGCUAACCAACUGGCAGGUGUUUGUACAACGUGAUCUCGCCGCCAUCAACAAGGCACAGACCAUCACCAAGGCCGACCGGAGUUUCGAGAAACCGGCUCCCAUCUCCCUUGGCGCUCUACACAUUGGUGAACCCGACUCCCACAUGGCUCAGUUGUUUAGUCUCCUCCAUGGCGGUACCGACCUCCAAUUGCUCACAUCCCGAUUGGGUUCCGUUGGAGGACGUAACCUCUCCGAUACGACCCACCAUCUCGACCCCAACGAAGACGCCUUUGACGACGAUACCGACAAGGAGGCUCCAUCCGCCGUCAGCUUUGAAGGUCGUCGUGGAAGUGAUAUCGAUGAAGAUGAGAAAGAGGUGAAGCAGGUGGAGGCAGAGAAUAGUGAUGUAGAGACUGGCAACAGUAGCAAUUCCUCGGAUGAGGAGGACCUCCAAUCCCCACUAACCAUCCGUCAGCAGCGAACCAAUCAGACACCGGUGUUCCUUAACUCAACCAAUGGUUGUCUGCCCUUUGUUAAGCCAGUGGAUACUUAUCGCUCUCUCCCAGCAGUCUCACCGUGGACUGCUGCGGCGACGAUCCCCGCCCAUCUUGUUGGUGGUGUAAUCAACGCUGGGAAUGUCAUUGGUGCGGCUACAACAGCUCCUGGAGAUGGUGAUAGGGGGAGUGCCAACAACCAAGAUGAGGAAUGGGCUGACUUUGAAUCCGCUUCCUUCGGUGGGCAAGGAAAUCAAUAG